GUGCUGCUUUCCAUAUUACUAACUGGGAGCGCAGUAAAGAGAGUUCGACUCGUUGUAAGGCUCCUGAAAUGAAUGUGUGCAGAGACUUCGGUUAGUGGCUUCCCUCCCGCAAAGAGAGGAUCAGCAACUGGGUACCUCUGUCCUUUCCUGCCUUCACUGCUGGGUCUGCUGCAGUCGGGUCAAGUGGCGCUGCCCAACUUCUCAACAGUCUUACAGGUAGAGGAGAAUCCAUAACAACAUAGGGAAAGAAAGAGGAGAUAAGUUUUCUUUCCCAUCCAUGGAAAAAUAACCUGUUUGAUUAUCAUCUGGAAACUGUGGGAAGUGCCAACAUGAGCAACGAGAGGCCCAUGAACCCUGGUUCAUCUACCCUCACUGAGGGCCUGAAGAGAAAGAGGGGAAGACCAAAGAAGCAGCCACAGGAGGGGGCUGUAGGACCAUUGCCAGUGAAGAAACCACGAGGAAGGCCGAAAGGAAGCAAGAAAAUGACUACUGUGUCUGGACAAAUGGUAGAACCUUCUGCUGGGAAAAGGCCAAGAGGGAGGCCCCGCAAGUGGCCUCAACUAGUGGCCGAAGGAAGAGUGUCUCGGGAAGGAAGUCCUCAGGGAAGCAGUGGCUUGAAUUUGAACUCAGCGCCAGCCACACAAGGCAUCACUGGAAAAGAGGGUUCCAGGCCUGGCAAAACUACUGGUCUUAGGAGAUCUCUGAGUAACAUCCCUGCCACAGCUCAGUAGUAUUCCACCUGUUCACACCUUGCUGAAGCCAGAGGACUGGGAAGCAAACAGGAUUUUUAAUGUCAUAUUUCAGAUUCUUCCUUUGUGAUAAUUUCAGCCAAGCUUUCUCUCCUGUUUCCUGCUGCCUUACCUCAAACAUCCGAACAGGGACUCAGGGGAAGAAAUGGCAAAUACCUUGUUGGAGAGAUGCCUUUCACAGUUUGUAGUAUAUCUUUUGUAGGCAUAUUAAUCUUUCUUAAAAAUACUUGGAUAACAUGGUGCCUUGGCCUGCCAUGGACAGCAAGAGUUGAACAGAAAGAUGGCAUUGACUCAGUAAUGCAGAUACAGUAAUGGAAAUCUAUUUACACAGCUCAUUGCUGAACUUCUGUAUCAUACCACCUCAGGCAGAUUGAUGGAGCAGUCCCAAGAGCUAAGUUUUACACAGUUGUGUACAGGGUUUUCAUCUGAAAGACAGUUUUUUGAGUCCUCUCUUUACUAUGUUUGAAAGAAAAAGCUUCAUGGCAUUUCCAGCCUGCUUAAUGCUGUUGCUCUGGUGGUCAGUAUGCUGACCCCUUGGAUGCUUUAGAGGAAAGUUCCCACCAUCAUGUCUUGGGGAUUGAUUCUGAAAUGUUUAUCUUAACAUUAUCAACUCAGGGCCAUCUCCUAUAACUACCUUUCAGCCUGGUGGCACUCCCCCUGAAUGUGAUAGCAACUCUAAGUGCACAGUGCUGGCAAGCUUAGUCGCAGCCACUGGAUUUCACCACUUCAGAGGCGUGUCUGUAAAGAACCAGUUUACACAGGAUUGUUUCCUUGCAGAGCCUCAGGAUUCGGUUUAGAUUAGUUGUAUCUUCAGUCUAUAAGGUACGUGUGUGGGGUCCUCUAGUGUUGCAGUUAUGCAAAUAAAAGCUUGGUGAUACAGUUUAGUUUGGGGAGACAGCAGCAGCCAGUGGUGUGAGGUUGUAGCUGCCUGCUCUCAGUCUCACAUUGUGUGCAGGUUUGUGCUUUUGGUGUCCGAGCUCAUCUUGCUAAAUUCUGAGGAGUUGAGGAUAUUUCCAAUAUCCAGUUGCAAGCAGUGAAAUCCCAGUGGUGUUUUCCAUCUUGUCGAUGUUCUGCCUGCCUAUUAAAGGGACAAAGUGGGUAUUUCAGUUAUAUUUGACAAGAUGUAAAAUUGGCUAGCUUUACAGUGUUAAAUAUUUCAACAGAACAUAAUUGGCUUUAAAUUUAUGGCAGUGCCUAGCAGAAACCCUUGAAAUGGCAGUUUAUAUUGAGUUCAUUUGUUAUCCUUUCAUCAAAGGUCUGUUCCCUUAGCAGGUAUUUAUUUAACACAAGAAAAUGUAUGCAGACUUCAGAGGAAGGGCUGAUUGCAGACAGAUGAUAAGAAAAAAAGGUUAUUUUCCCUCUAGGUCAUUUUUUCUGGUUGCCCAGUUUAGCAGUGAUGAGAGUCCUGGUCCUGUUAAUUCUCUGCCCAUUUUGUCCUAGCAGUAGUUUCUUGUGUAUGGAGUUUGGUGGUCUCAGCAGAAAACAGCAUCACAGAUAACCUUUGUGCCUCCUCUACCACACAGAAGAGAAAUCAAGGGUUGAAUGGAUUAGAUCACAGGGACUGACCUAGAUCUUAAGCUGUAGGAUGAGGUGUGCUGCCAGGUAUGGGAAGAGUUUGACGCCCUGCUCCUGCUGUGUGGAUAAAUCCAGGUGGGACACCAUGCACACAAAUCUGUAACUGUUGAUGGUUCCAUGAGAUGAUCCAAGUGGUGCUCCUCUGAAUUCAGCUUACGGAGCUGCUCUUCCUCAGUGAACACACAAGUUCAGCAGCAGCUCAUGUCUGCAUUCAGAGGCCACUCCAGUGGCAGACCAAGCUAUUUUACCAACUUCUUUACCUGAUUUGCAGGUGAAUUGGCAGGUUUAGUACCCUGCUUGCAAGGCUGUACUGCCCGUUUAAUUAACCCCUCUUACCUGAGAGUAAGAGCUGUUACAGUGUGAGACUGGAACUUCAGCUUCUCCUAAAUGGGUUAGGAAUUGCAUCUGUAAGAGACUCAAGCUUUUCUUAUGGCACCAGUCAGAGCUUUCUCAGCUGGUGGCAUGGAGUAGGGGUGGAAGCUGCCUCAACCAGAUAGUAAAUCCAUUUGCUUUAGGUCAGCUGUAUCCUCUGGGACAUGCAUACAAAGUACUUAAAAAUUAAAAUAUAUGGUCUUUGCUACCUCUGAAUACUCUGUUGGGAAGCCACAAUAGAAAACAUGUCUCCAUAAAAAUAGAAGUUUCAAGGAGAACAAGCAGAAUUCCACACUAUUAGGAGAUAAUCCGUGUGUAGUUAAAAUCCCAAUCUGUAACUUCAGCUUCCAUGUUUGUGCAGACUUCGAAUGAAAGUCAAUGCCUGUUAAAGGUGGGCAGAAUAGCAGCCAACUUCAGAGAGCUGGAUCUCACACUGGAUUGCCUGGACUUUCUUUUUUGAAAUGAUAAAACACUCUUUAUUUCCCAUAUAGUUAGUUACCUUCUCUGUGUAGGCAAAUCCUACCUCUAAGCACAUGCAUUUCAAGUGUUUUUAAACUCAGACAGUUUUGGUCUGACUUAGUCGAAAGUAAGAGGUCAUUACAGUUGGAUCGAAACAUGGGAGGUGAAGGAGGUUUGUUAUCUAGCAAAGUUUGGAAGAUUCUCAUAAAUGGUUUUGGUGAAGGCAUAAAGUACGUUGGCAACUUGCAAAUUAGCCUUGGAGUUUGUUUUUAAUAAAGGGAUAAAACGUA